AUGUCAAAUUCAAUUUUCCAGCCCAUCGACGUUGCGGCGCUGGAGAAGUAUCUCUGCCAAAAUUUACCAAGCAUCCAAGGUCCCAUUUGGGUCACGCAGGUUGGUGUUUGCCAGUUCAGUCCGACAUACUUUAUCCAUGAUCGCGCUGGACACCAACUGGUCAUGCGCAAAUACCCACCAGGAUCGUCUGUGGAAAAUACUACCCGUAGACUCGAACGCCAAUACCGUGUUCUACGCGCCUUGGAAAAUUCGAAGAUCCCUGCACCAAAGCCUUACUGCUUAUGUGAAGAUCCUAGCAUUCUUGGAACAUCGUUCUCCGUUGUGGAGUUCUUGGAUGGCCGAACCUUCCACGAUCCGAGCUUACCCGGUGUUUCACCGAGAGAGCGAGAUCAAAUGUGGCGUGAAGUGAUAACAACAUUGGCGAAGCUCCACAAUGUCAACAUCGAUGUAGUGGGAUUGGAUAGUCUUGGCCGCCGAAGUGGCUUUUACAGACGUCAAAUUCAGAACUUGCAGGACUCAGAGGAGUCUCAGCGAGUGGCAGUUGAUGUCAACACCCACAGACCUGUUGGAAAGGUCCCUGGCGUGGAGGAAAUGAUUCAGUUCUUUUCUGACGGGGAUUACCAACCAAGAAAUCGCGCUUCUCUCAUACACGGUGACUUCAAAAUCAAGAAUAUCGUCUUCCAUAAAACAGAGCCCAAAGUGGUUGGAAUUUUGAACUGGGAAUCCUCCACAAUCGGCCAUCCACUCUCAGACCUUGCGAAUCUUUUGCAACCUUGGACAGUCUCCGAGAUGUCUUCAGCUGCAGCUGAGGUACUAUCACUGCCAUCGCGGUCCCCGGCUAGUGUUGUGGGUCUGCCUUCGAUCUCUGAUUGUCUCACUUGGUAUAGCAAGGUGGCAGGGUGGAACCCAGAAGCAGAAAUGAGGUGGGCAGAUGCGUUCGCCUUAUUUAGAAUGAGUGUUCUACGGCAAGGCAUAAGCGCACGUGUUGCUGCUCAGCAUAAUAGUACUACUGCCGAUGUUGAGGCUGGGCGAGGUAUAUCUGUGUGUGCGGCAUUGACCCUGCGAAUCAUAAGCAAGAUGAGGGACAUCCAUGUUCACUCUCGUGCGAGGCUAUAA